CCGCGCCCAGUCCCUGUGAUCAGUGUAUGGGCGGCGUUGGGGUAAAACGUGCUAGUAGGAUAACGCCGGAUGUUGAUGGUGGUACCAGAAAUUAACAAACCAUCACAUCUUUCUUUUCAUCAUCUUAUCUGUCUCUCCAGAGCCUGCCGUACUCAGCAUGUUGGUGAAGUGAUAGCUAGCUAAAGAGAAAUGCCGGAGUCCCGAUAUCACUGGUCAGGGGAAGAGGUGAAUGCCAUCGUCUCAAUAUGGUCAGACGAGGCAAUACAGCGUGCAUUACGUUCGUCUGACUCUGAGUAUCGAGGUGCCGCCAAGGUGUACCAUGAGAUCUUUGUGCGCCUUCGCAAAUUAGGUUAUAGGGGAACCGUCCAGCAAUGUCGUGACAAACUAAAAAAACUAAAGGGUCAGUACAAAGAAAUUAAGUCAAACGGUUCCGACCGCCGGAGUUAUUUUCCACCAUCAUGGUUCGAUGCCAUGGACGCUGUACUGGGACAGCGACUCAGAAAGCCAAUACUGAGAAGUGGCAAAGCCACCGUAUCACAAAAAAACGACAAAUUACCAUCCAGUAGGACGCCUGAUGAACUUCCACAAACUUCAGGGUCUGGGGUGAGAAUUUCAGCUUCUAGGCUGUUGGAGUUGACUGAUUCCUCUGAAGAAUAUGAGGAAUCUGGAUACCACUGGUCGUCUAAGGAGGUUCAGGCAUUGUUAACACUCUGGGCAGAUAAGAUAGUACAGAAGCACCUCCUCUCCUAUAAAAACGAGCACGUCUAUGCCAAAUUUAGUUCAGAGCUUGCUGCCCUGGGUUUUAAAAGGACGUCGAAGCAGUGCAGACAAAAGAUACAAAUACUGAAAAAGGAACACAAAAAAAUCAAGGAUAACAAUAACAUGAGUGGUUCCAUCUAUCGUGAAGAGAGUUGGUUUGCCAUCGUUGAUAGUGUCCUGUGUCACCAACCAAGUACUUUGGAGUCUGGGGUGAUAAAUUCAGAUGCCAAGCUUUUGGGGUCGCCUGAUUCCCAACAAGAAAUGGGAGAUUCUAACAAAUCUCCAUCCAUUUGGACACCUGAUGAGGUCCAUGGUCAACAAUCAGAAACCUCAGGGCUUGGGGUGAUAAAUGCAACUAAUCUACUGUUUGAAUCGACUCCUGAUUCCCCUGUAGGCGAGGAACAUAUUGAGGAAUCUGGAUACCACUGGUCGCCAAAGGAGAUUCAGGCAUUGUUAACACUCUGGGCAGAUGGUAGUGUUCAGAAGCACCUCCUCUCCUAUAAAAACGAGCACGUCUAUGCCAAAUUUAGUUCAGAGCUUGCUGCCCUGGGUUUUAACAGGAAAUCUAAACAGUGCAGACACAAAUACAAAUACUGA